AUGGGCUGCAGGUGUGGGAGAUCACCUGGUCCACAGCCUCCACCUUUGCGCGCCGUCCGCCGUGAAGUUGCAGACCCCGCCGCUUCCGUCCGCCUUGAAGUUCCAGUCGCCGCGUCCGUUGUUCCAGCCCCGCCUCUGCGCGCCGUGACCAAAGCUUCAGUCUGCCGCGAAGUUCCAAACCCUGCUUCCGUCCACCUUGAAUUUUCAACCGCCGCCUCCGUCUUUUCAGCCCCACCUCCGCGCGCCGUGAACACGUUCGGUUCCAGCCAUCGCUUCCGUCCGUCAGUGAAGUUUCACCCCCCAUUUCAGUCCGGCGUGAAGUUACAGUCCCCGCCUCUGUUGAACACACCAUGUCUUUCUUUCCGCCUCCGCCACCGGCACCGCCGACACAGAGGCCUCUGCCGUAUAGCUUGUUUCACCAUUGUUGAUAAGCAGGUUAGUAUUCUCACCAUAGUAACACCUACUUGGACUAUGUUAAAAUGUUGUCCUUUUUUCCCCCUUUCUUUUCUUUUCGAAGCUAUAUUGUAUUUGGAACUUCCGCAAAUACCACUUUCUGGACUAGAUUCCAUAGUCGGACGACUUGUGGUUAUCCAUGUUGAUCCCGAUGAUCCUGGACGAGGUGACUUUAUUACACUUGAUAAACAGCAUUUCUGA